CUCAGGAAGCCGAGGGGCGGUGGUCAAGCCAGCGCUCGCGCCAUCGGGCCUGAAGAGCGGACGUUGCUGUGAGGCGCAUGGUGUUCCCAGCCAAGAGACUCUGCGUGGUGCCUUCAAUGGAGGGCGUUCGCUGGGCCUUCUCCUGCGGCACCUGGCUGCCGAGUCGAGCCGAAUGGCUGCUGGCGGUGCGGUCUAUCCAGCCCGAGGAGAAGGAGCGCAUCGGCCAGUUCGUGUUUGCCCGUGACGCCAAGGCGGCCAUGGCCGGUCGUUUGAUGAUAAGGAAAUUAGUUGCAGAGAAAUUGAAUAUUCCUUGGGAUCAUAUUCGUCUGCAAAGAACUUCAAAAGGAAAGCCGGUUCUUGCAAAAGACUCGUUGAAUCCCUAUCCCAAUUUCAACUUUAAUAUCUCUCAUCAAGGGGACUUUGCAGUUCUUGCUGCAGAACCUGAGUUACAAGUUGGCAUUGAUAUAAUGAAGACUAGUUUCCCAGGUCGUGGUUCUAUUCCAGAAUUCUUUCAUAUUAUGAAAAGAAAGUUUACCAACAAGGAGUGGGAAACAAUCAGAAGUUUUAGUAAUGAAUGGACUCAGCUGGAUAUGUUUUACCGGCACUGGGCACUAAAAGAAAGCUUCAUAAAAGCUAUUGGUGUUGGAUUGGGAUUUGAAAUGCAGAGGCUUGAAUUUGAUAUAUCUCCAUUAAACUUGGAUAUAGGCCAGGUUUAUAAGGAAACACGUUUGUUCUUGGAUGGGGAAGAAGAAAAAGAAUGGGCUUUUGAGGAAAGUAAAAUAGAUGAGCACCAUUUUGUUGCAGUGGCUGUUAGGAAACCUGAUGGAUCUAGACAACAAAAUAGGACAAUAUUUAAUGCAGAGACUUGCAACUGUUGAAGUGCUGAGAAUAACUGCUGAAUGCUGAAUGUCAUAUAUGUCACCCCCUCAGGGCUCACAGAAGAUAGGGUGGAAGGAUUUUAUAAGCUGGAAGUUGGAAAGAGAAGUACCAUGAGCUAGUCUUUUGGAUAUUGCAUGGUCACUGUAGUCAUGAACACAGAGCAUCUGUGACUACUUGUCUAAUACAUAUACACCUACACACAAAGACAUGGACUCAGAAUGGAGUUUACUUGUGAAGAACAUCAGCAGGAGUUAAGAGAUAUGAGGGUAAUGGGAUAAGGGAUGAAUAUGACCACAGUAUAUUCUAUAUGUAUAUGAAACCAUCAAAAGUAAAAUAACAAAUCCUUGUAAACACAUGUCAUUAGGAGAGUGACACAAAAUUAACAUGGUAUCACAAUUGCAUUAUUUUUAAUUAUCUGUUGGAAUAGAAAUGUAUUGCUUACAAUACUGCCUUGUUACUGAUAUUUUUCGUUAAUCUAUUAUCUGUCUCUACUUACCUAUAUUUAUCUACCUACCUACCUUUCUGGGUUUCUUGUUUUGUUUUGUUUUUUGAGACAAGGUUUCUCUGUGUAGCUCUAGUCUACAAGCUCUCACCUUGUAGACCACUCUGGCCUAAGACUCAGAGAUCAGCCUGUUUGUCACUUGAGUGGUGACUUUUUAAUGAAAGUGUGAUACAGUGUCAUUAUGUCUUAUCUGUACUGUCUCUUCAAGGGUAAUCUAGAGCACUUUUAGAGCUUAAUAGACAAGACAUAAUUCUAGAGGCAUUGGUAGCUUUAUAGGUCAAUGGCUUAUAAAUUAAAUAAAUUCAACCCAUAUUACUUGGGCAUUUACCAUGGAUAUAGCUUGUGAGAAUUUGCUCUACACUGUGGAACAAUUUCUUUGGUACGAGGCCUGUUAUGUCAUCUAAAUGCCAAUAAAAUUUGUGUAAAAAGUUUGAAUAUACAUGUUCUGUUUGAUGGUAAUUGUAUUAAAUAGUUCUUCCUGCAUGUCAUCUCUAAACGUGUGGUUGAAGACAAAAAUAAUACAAAUAAAAGCUGGAGGAAGGGGUGCAGAACAUUACACAAUCAUUGGCAAGUGAAAUAGUCUAUAUUCCUCAAAAGAUUUCAAAAUACCAUAUGAAUUAAAUAUUUCACUUCUGGGUCUCUAGGCAUGCUAUAGAUUUUUUAUGUUUUUAUGAACCUAUUCCCAGUAAUCAAGUUAUAGAUUUGGCCUGAGUGUCCAUCAACAGUUGGAUGAAUACAAAAUGUGGUAUAUGUAUGCAAUUAAGUUUUAUUUAAGCAUAGAUAAUAAAAUUGUCCCUGCAAGAAAAUGCAAUAGACUUAGAGAUUAUAUUCACAGGCUUGUAUUGCAGUUCCCUUUGAAUUGAAACUUCCUGACACUGUGGAAGUAAACAAAAUGUAAAACAUCCCCAUAUGAAACACAACAGUUAAAAGAAAAUGCUGGGAUGCAGAGAUUUUGACCAGCUCAGCUGCCUGAUAGUUGUACAAGGAGCUCCAAGAAUACAACUUUUAAGUCUGUUGUCACCCAUGGUGAUAUGGGGUUUUCAGUGAUGCAGCUGUCAAAACAUUAAUACUCCUUGUCUUAGGUAUUCUAUUGCUAUGAAGAGAUAACCGUGAGCACAGCAAGUCUUAUAAACAAAAAUAUUUAAUUGGGGCUGACACACUUCAGAGGUUUAGUCAUUGUCAUCAUUGUAGGAAGCAUGAUGGCACCAAGGAAUACUUGGAGAGGUAGCUGAGAGUUCUGCAUCCAGAUCACAAUGCAGCAGGAAGAGACUGAGACAUUGGUCCUACUUUGGAUAUCUGAAAUCUCAAGGCCCACUGCAGUGACAUACUUACUCCAACAAGGCUACACCUCCUAAUAGUGCCACUUCCUACAUGCUUAUGGGAGCCAUUUUAUUUCAAAUCACCACACUUGUAAGUAAUUAAUAAACUUACUGGUCUAGUAACCUA